GAUAGCGACCUUCCCCUCCAGGAAUCUGCUGAGGAAGCAGCUCCAGCUGCAGGGAGGCCCGAGUGCUGCCAGGGCCCAGGAUGGCGGGAGAGUCCGGGGAGAGCGCGGCCCUGGACACCCCAUCGGCCGAGGACCGGAUAGGGCUUCAUGUCAUAAAGGUGGAGGACCAGGAGGCCUCUGCCUUUGCGGAGGCCAACUGGAGGGGGACCCGUACCCCCGGUUUGGAACAGUCCCGCCAGCGCUUCCGCGGGUUCCGCUACCCUGAGGCCCGGGGGCCCCGCCAGGCGCUGAGCCAGCUCCAUGAGCUCUGCCGGCUGUGGCUGCGGCCCGAGACGCACAGCAAGGAGCAGAUGCUGGAGCUGCUGGUGCUGGAGCAGUUCCUGAGCAUCCUGCCCGCGGGGCUGCAGGCCCGGGUGCGGGAGCAGCACCCGGAGAGCGGGGAGGAGGCCGUGGUGCUGUUGGAGUAUCUGCAGAGGCCGCUGGAGGAGCCCGCGCCGCAGGUAGAGGCAGGUUCGGUGUCUCAGAGCCUGGCCUGUUUCCUCCUGAAACCUCACGAGCUGAGGUGGGGCAUUUCCUUUAGGACCCAGAGUUCACAGUCUCUCUGUGGACCAGGAACCUCCUUGGCAGUAGGUGAAGUCCCUGGACCCCUUCUCAUAAUAAUAUUCUUAAAAUAAAAUCUCCUCACUCCCCAGCACGCCUGUUCUCCCUCAUUCUUGUACUUAAGCCCCAUCCAUGGUGUAGAUAGACCUCUGUCAUUCUUGCCUCCUUGGGACUCAACAGAGCUCUCCUCCACGCCGCAGGGUGUAACAGACAGUUGUUGGCCCUUUGUUCUUUCAGGUGGUGAAAUACAGACCAAGAUCCAAGAGUUGCCUCUAGCUGAGGAGCACCUGGAACAGGAGCCUGGGCAGAUACCGUGCCACCUGGGUGAAGCCAUUGCCAAGAUAGCUACAUGUGCAGGGGCCAGUGAACUGGAGGGCAGAUUACAAAGAAAGCAGAAGACCACCGCUGGGAGGAGGCGGCACAUUUGCCAUGAAUGUGGAAAGAGCUUUGCUCAGAGCUCAGGCCUGACUAAGCACAGGAGAAUCCAUACUGGGGAGAAGCCCUAUGAGUGUGAAGACUGCGGCAAGUCCUUCAUCACGAGCUCAGCCCUUGUUAUUCAUGAGAGAGUCCACACUGGGGAGAAGCCCUACGCCUGUGAAGAAUGUAGCAAGGUCUUCAGUCACAGCUCAGACCUUACUAAGCACCACAGAACACACACUGGGGAGAAGCCCUAUGAGUGUGAUGACUGUGGGAAGACCUUUAGCCAGAGCUGCAGCCUCCUUGAACAUCACAGAAUCCAUACUGGGGAGAAGCCGUACCGGUGCAGCGUGUGUGGCAAAGCCUUUAGGCGGAAUUCACAUCUCCUGAGACAUCAGAGGGUCCAUAGAGAUAGAAAUGUUCAGGAUGCUGAGCAUGGAGAGACUUGGGAGAGUCACGGGAAGAGAGAGAGCCAGGAGGGGGAUGUUGAGGCUCCCGUGUCUUAUAAAUGUAAUGAGUGUGAGAGAAGUUUCACUAGGAACAGAAGCCUUAUUGAACACCAGAAAAUCCACACGGGUGAGAAACCCUAUGAGUGUGAUGCAUGUGGAAAGGGCUUCACCCGAACUUCAUACCUUGUUCAACAUCAGAGAAGCCACGUUGUGAAGAAAAUUCUGUCCCGGUGACCCAUGGCUUGGGUGCCAAAGUUGGUGCUCCUUCCUCGUUGAACUGAAGCCACCCUGGAGCCCUUGCUGACCACAGAGAGUUUGGGCUGGGGCUUCAUUUGCCACAGGUUAUCAGGUGGUGUCAGAGAUCUGCCACACUCUGGAAGGUGACUGGAAAAACACUUGUUUGAAAAGAGGCUCUGAAUUAUUGUCUGGAAGAGGUAGGACCUGAUACUGUUUCUUCUGACCUAUUGGACUUCAGGGGCUUCCAGACUGGCUCCUCCCCCUGAGCCACCACUUUAUGACAUUCCUGAGUUGGUGGCUCUGAUCUGAUGUCUAGAAUUCUGAGGUAUUUCUAACUAAGGCCAUCAGCAUUUCUGUCUAAUUCUCUAAGGCUCUAGACUCGGAGGUCAAUGUAGUCCUUUUUUUUUUUUUUGUAGUCCAUUUUUUGCUGAGCACAUAGGAUUGGCAAAAUGGAGGUGAGGACUGUAUACUGUGAUCGAAAGAACCCAAAACUUUUUAAAAACGACACUAGGAAUUCUAGUGUGAAUUCCUUAAACUGUUUAUUUACCUUUAAAUAGUUGUGAACAUGUGCCAACCAUAGAAUUUCAUUCUUUUGUUAAUGUUUCUCUGACAUUUUAUAAAGAAUUGGUACUAACUUUAACAGA